AGAUGCUACCAAUGUCGUGUGGCUGUUUUCGUGUGUGUGUCCACGCGUGUGUUUGCUACACGGGUUCGCUUGCAGAUCUCGUCGAUUUACUGGCCAUGGUGGUGGAGGACGUCAGCAAGGCUGCCAGCAGAAACGUGACCGGUGCCCAUCUUCUUCAAGAACUCCUAAGCGCUCCAAGGCUGCGUGCCUUGCUGCAGAUUUAUGAGUGCCUGUUGACGUUCAAGAGACUCUGGCCCUGCCCCUUCUUGGCUCACGCUUCGGGACUGUCACGCGAGGUCCAGGCUGUGCUGCAUACGGUCCAUACUCCUUCCGUGGAGGCUACAGAGCUUCAGAUCCUCCUCAGCUCUCCACACAUGAAGGCCCUGUUGUCCUGUCACGACGCCAUCGCUCAGGCUGACUUUGGACCCGUUUUGCCACCACUACCCGACGUGCUGCCUGAAGAUGAAGAGGCAAUCAGAAUCAUUCGUUUGGUGAAAAAGGAACAAUCUCUGGGGGCCACCAUAAGGAAGGACAAGGAGACAGGAGAGAUCUUUAUUGCCAGGGUGAUUCCUGGCGGACUUGCAGACCGCAGCGGUCUUCUCCAUCCUGGAGAUCUUCUGGUGGAGGUGGACAGUAAGCCACUAGUGGGCUUGGAACCCGAGGAGGUCAUCCAGAUUCUGAUGAGGUCUGAGGGCACCAUCCUGUUCAAAGUUGUUCCAAACGAAUCCCAGCUGAGCAGCACCAACAAACCAGUCUACAUGAGGGCAAUGGUGGACUACUGCCCCUUGCAGGACUUGGCCAUAACCAGCCCUAAAGUGGAGCUGGUCUUCAGUAAGGGGGAUUUGCUGGAGGUCUUGGACCAGUCAGAUGGACGUUGGUGGAAGGCCAGGAAGAUGAGCAGCUCAGCUUCCUGCGCCAAAUUGAUACCAUCCCCAGCCACGUUCAAGAGCUGGCAAUCUCAGCACAUUGGCGGAGAGGCAGCAUGUCACAGUAAGAGCAAGCAGAGUGAGCUGAAGGAGAGUAAGGAGUGUACGGAUAACAAGUAUGACGAGAGUGACAGCAACAGAGGCGGGAAAGCAGAGGAGGAAUCUCAGGACAAAGGCAUUCCAGAGUCAGAAUCAUCAGAUAUUCCUGAUGGUCUCUACCUCACGGGUUUCCGUCGUAGUUUUUGUCUGUUGAAGAGGUCGAUGUCGAAGAGGCGACGUCAGUCCUGCACCAACAUGAACGCCUCUUGCGCCGCGUUGGCCACACCCUAUGAGGAAGUGGUGCGCUACCAACGACCCCCAGGGGACCAUCACCGCCUCAUCGUCCUUGUCGGUGCAGCAGGCGUGGGGGUCAACGAGCUGAGAAAGACCCUUAUCCAAGUCAAGCCAGACACCUUCCAGGGACCUGUACCACACACCACCCGACCAAUCAGAGCAUGGGAGCAGACGGGCAGGGAGUAUCACUUUGUCAGCAAAGAGCUCUUUGACUACAUGGUGUGCAGCCACAGGUUUGUGGAAUGGGGCGAGUUUGAGGGCCACAAGUACGGGACCAGUAUUGAUGCCAUCAAUGAGGUCAUCAAACAGGGACGUGUGUGCAUCAUUGACAUCGAACCAUAUAACAUUCCUCCUCUGAGGACCAGGAAGUAUAAGCCGUAUGUGAUCUUCAUCAAAGCUUCCAACUUGGAGAAACUCGCAGAAACUACUGAGAACGCCAGCAUUGUUUGCACUUACCAACACAACAGAAACUUCACCAAGCAGGACCUUAAUGGUGCGGCAGAGACAUCUUCGGAGAUGGAGCCGAAGUACAAACAUUUGUUCGAUGAAGUGCUCUUCAACGAGCAGCUGAACAACACUUGUGCUAAGCUGUGCGCUGCCAUCCAGCGGGCACAGGAGGACCCUAACUGGAUACCUGUCAGCUGGACCCGAAGCUAGGACUAAUUGGUCGCUAAACAUGAAGUAGCCCAGGGGUCUGCAACCUGGCGAUCCAGCGCCACAUUCUGCUCUUUCAUCCUUCUGCUAUGACUGUCUGUAUCCUAAAAAUAAAGACUAUUUCAUUUUAA